GUGAAGAGAGCCAUUUACUCUGUUUCCAUUAUGGGUUCAUACACAUGGCGAUUGAUUAAUCAACAACUUCCUUUCGCUAUCCAAUUUCUCUUCGAUAUUCACAAUCUCAGUCGGUCAAAUCCUCUAAUCUCAUCCUACGAUCGGCCAGUCUACAGCUGUGUUCAUCCGUCGCCUACCGUUCAAUUAAUCAUUCCUAAUCCGUGCACGGAAAUACGUGCUAUAUAGCUUUAGAGAGAUGGGUAUUGGCUGCUACCGCUUUUGAUUGCUUCAUCUAGUUGCUCUCACCUGUUAUUCCGCCAUCGCUGACUAGAGUAUGGAGUUGAAACCUGCAUUAUCGGCUUUUGUCACCGGCGGAGCUUCUGGAAUCGGGAGAGCUCUCUGCUUAGCUCUUGGAGAGAAGGGAGUAUUUGUGACUGUGGUUGAUCUUUCUGAAGAAAAGGGGCAGGAAGUUGCAUCCAUUAUCCAACAAAAGAAUGCCAAUCUUCACCCUAAGUUAGACAUUCCUCCUGCAAUGUUCAUAAGAUGUGAUGUUACCAACAGAAAUGACCUACAGAAGGCUUUCGGAAAGCAUUUAGCAACAUAUGGAGGAUUAGAUAUAUGCAUAAACAGUGCUGGAAUUGCCAGCAAAAUAGUAUUUCAUAAUGAUCAAACUGAUGGUGCUCAAACAUGGAGACGUAUCAUUGAUGUCAACCUCAUUUCUGUCAUGGCAUGCACUCAACUUGCGAUAAAAGCCAUGGAAUCAAUGAAAAAGCCUGGUGUAAUUGUCAACCUUGGUUCUGCUGCUGGUCUUUAUCCACUUUCCUCAGAUCCAGCAUAUACUGCAUCCAAAGGUGGUGUUGUUAUGUUUACUAGAGCACUCUUACCUUACAAACGCAAGGGGAUUCGGGUGAAUGUGCUUUGUCCUGAGUUUGUAAAAACAGAGCUGGCCGCGACAGCAGUAGGUGAAAAGUUCACAGAACGGAUAGGAGGUUAUGUUCCCAUGGAAAUGGUGAUUGAAGGUACUUUUGAACUAAUCACUGAUGAGAGCAAAGCUGGUUCAUGCCUAUGGAUUUCAAACCGCAGAGGGAUGGAGUACUCGCCCACCCCUGCAGAAGAAGCAAAAUACUUGCUUCCUUCCUCGAGUUUAAGAAAAAAUUCUUCAUCAACAUUUUUUCAGAAAAUUGAAAUUCCCCAAAGUUUUGACAAAGUAGUUGUUCAUACUCUGAGCCACAACUUUCGUGAAGCAACUAGCAUGGUGCAUGCACCAUUGAGAUUGCCAAUCAAACCAGAUCAAGUUCUUGUGAAAAUCAUAUAUGCGGGUGUAAAUGCAAGCGAUGUUAAUUUCAGCUCAGGUCAUUAUUUCAGCAACGGCAACAAAGAUCUUCAGUCUCUCCUUCCAUUAAAUGCUGGUUUCGAGGGUGUGGGAAUAAUUGCAGCUGUUGGUGAUUCUGUCAAUCACCUGAAAGUUGGAACUCCUGCAGCAAUGAUGACAUUUGGAAGUUAUGCUGAGUUUGUGACGGUUCAUUCAAAACAUAUCCUUCCUGUUGCAAGACCCGAUCCAGAAGUUGUUGCCAUGCUGACUUCAGGAUUAACAGCAUCAAUUGCUCUCGAAAAGGCAGCGCAAAUGGAAUCUGGAAAGGUUGUUCUUGUUACUGCUGCUGCUGGAGGGACUGGCCAAUUCGCUGUCCAGCUUGCCAAGUUAGCUGGAAAUAAGGUUGUUGCAACAUGUGGUGGUAAGGACAAAGCCACGCUUUUGAAACAAUUGGGAGUUGAUCGAGUUAUAGAUUACAGAUCUGAAGACAUUAAAACUGUUUUAAAGACAGAGUAUCCUAAAGGCGUCGAUAUCAUCUAUGAAUCGGUCGGAGGCGAUAUGUUUAGUCUGUGCUUGAAUGCAUUGGCAGUCUACGGACGACUAAUUGUGAUCGGAAUGAUCUCACAGUAUCAAGGUGAACAAGGGUGGGAGCCAUCAAAUUACCCAGGAAUUUGUGAGAAAAUUCUGAAGAAGAGCCAAACUAUUGCUGGGUUCUUCCUCAUACAAUAUGCUCACCUCUGGCAACAACAUUUGGAUACACUCUUUCGUCUUUUCUCCUCAGGCAAACUGAAGGUUUCCGUGGAUCCGAAAAGGUUUUUAGGCGUCCAAUCCGUCGUAGACGCUGUUGAAUAUCUUCAUUCGGGCAAAAGUGUUGGAAAGGUUGUUGUUUGCAUUGAUCCAACCUUCAUUGAACCCAAGCCAAAGCUCUGAUCCUGAAAAUGAUACCAACUUCGGAGCAGCCGUGCAAGAACAAGAACAAGAACAAGAACAAGAACAAGAACAAGAACAAGAACAAGAACAAGAACAACGUAAGCUAAUUCCGCUGCAAAGUUCUAAAGAUCCAAAAAACCAUGCAGGGAAGCCUCAUGGAUGAACAAUGAAUCCCAUUUUCUUUGUUGAAAAGAAACAGCAAUAAGAUUGGUUACAGAGUUCAUCUAUAGACUAUGGUGGCUGCUGAGAAAUCUCCAAAACCAUGUGUUGCAGGAACUCUGUUGACUGUCCAUUUCAAUUAUUAUUUUUAGUUUAGUUUAAUAUAUAGUAAAGAGACCGAUGUGCGUUUUCAUAUAUCAAUAACGUUUGCAUUUAGUUUCA